AUGCACAAGUCGACAGGUUCUGGUGACGGCUUUUUUGCCGGAAUCAAGGAAACCUUCAUCCCCGGAAGCACUUCCUCGUCGCAACCGGCUCAGCAGUCCUCCUCGGCAAACGGCAGCGGGUCGUACCUCCCAAACCCGUCCAACCUCCUCGUAGACCUCGCUCCGCACCUCGUCGGCUCGUCGUCACGCUUGCUUCACCCGAGCAACAUCUCCUCGCACCAGGCCUCCCUCACUUCUUCCCAAUCUGCCUCGACUACCACUUCCCUCCGUCGCAAGAUCUCGUUCAUCCGAGCGGGACUUUCCAUCGGUCGCCCGAACGCUCCUCUCCAAUCAUGGAGCGAGCUCGGCACCCAGCUCUACCUGCGCGACCGCGUUGACGAGCUCCUCCGCCUUCCCGUCCCUCCCGCACCCUUCAAUCUCUCUUCCGCCUCGACCUCUGCCGCAUCCGCACAGCAAGGCCAACUGACGCUCGAAGCGCCGCCACCUCGACCUGAAGACCCUGUUCCGCUCUUUCAGGGCUUUCGGGCGACGAUCCCUGCGGCGCAGGCGUCCAAGACGGAGCGGCGACGGCGACGAGCGUUGCUGAGCGAGCGUGCGCUGGGUCUCGAAGGUGGCAAGCUCGGCUUAAAGGAGCGAGGAGACAAAGCGCGCGGGAUGCUCGGCGGGGUGGGCGAGUUUGGCGAAGUCGAGCAGGACAACAGCUUGACGAUGGGUCGACGGAGCAAGGGGCGACGAAAGACGCGCGGGCCGGUGGAUGACGAGAUCGCGGGUGCAGACUUGCAAAGUCGGGAGGAUCUCGAAAAGGAUGCGAAGGAGGUUGAGGGCGACAUGGCGAACAUUGCCGUCCGGCGGGCGUUGCUGAACGGGCAGAUCAAGGACGUCGAGGCCAAGAUUGCCGCGCUGGAGAAGGUGCGGGAGGACCUGCGGAAAGGAUUGCUUGGCUUGCGGGAAGAGGAGCUGGAGCUGGAGGACGAGCUCGAAGGUAUCGAGACUCGCCUCGCACGCUUGCCGCUCAACGCCUCCGUCCCCUCCGUUCCAUCGACGGCUGCGAACGGCCGUGCUCGCCCCGAGCCUGCCGUCGCGCCGCUUCUUCCGACUUCCUCGUCGCGGCGACGAAAAGGUCCUGCUUUCUUGCCCAGCGAGCACGACGAGUUGCCGACGAACGUUGCGUUCAUGACACUCUCUGGCCAUCUCUCGCCCAUCCUCGCCCUCGACUUUACCGAACCUUACGGCACACUUGUCUCCUCUUCCUCCGAUUCGUCCGUUCGGCUCUGGGACCUUACGACGGGCACCGAGACCGGCUUCCUUAAGGGCCACGACGGUCUCGUCAAGGCUCUGCAGGUCGAGGGCAGCGUGUGCGUCACCGGAGGCGAGGAAGGCGGGAUCCGCGUUUGGGACCUCGAUAAGGCGGAGGAGAUGUUCUACUCGGGCACGUUACCGACCGCAUCGCUGGCGAGGUCGAUGAUGGCGGAGGAGGACGUCUUCGGCCCGACUGCGACUGUUGGCGCUGGUGGACUCGUCAACGGUGUGCCGGCGGAGGACGACGGCGUCCUGCGCGAGUCUUCGAGUGUGCGAGACGGCGUUGAGGCGAACACUGGACAGGAGCAGAACGGUCCUUGCGUGCGACACCUGCAGGGGCACACGAAGGCUGUCACGAGCCUGUUCUUUGACGGCUCCACCCUCGUCACUGGUUCUUCCGACUCGACCCUGCGCCAAUGGGACCUCACGACCGGUCAAUGCGUCCAGACGAUGGACAUCCUGUGGGCUAUCUCGAACCCCCUCCCUUCCUCCUCGAUCUCCUACCCCGCCUCCUCCUACUCCCACUCCAGCACCGACCCCUUCGCCUCGGCUUUCGCUCAGCCUCCCGCAACGCUCGGCUCGCCACCUGUCACGCCUCGCAAGCAGUAUGCCGCCUCGCUUCGCCGCCAGUCAUCGCUCUUCGAGAGCCCCGGCGCGAUGGCUGCGCCGACUACUGCGACGUAUGCCGACGGAAGCUGGGAGCUCUAUGACGACUUCGUCGGCGGGGUCAUGUUCUGGGGCUAUGCGCUGGCUAGCGGGACAAGGGACGGAUGUGUCCGGCUUUGGGAUAUGCGUACCGGUCAAGCACACCGCACGCUCGUCGGCCACACUGGUCCUGUCACCUGCCUUCAAUUUGACGAGUACCAUCUUGUCAGCGGCAGUCUCGACCGCACCAUUCGGAUCUGGGACCUCCGCACGGGCGCCAUCUCUGACACGCUCCGCUACGACCACGCCGUCACAUCUCUCCAAUUCGACAGCCGCAAAGUCGUCGCCGCAGCAGGCGAGAACGGCGUCAAGGUAUACAACCGGACGACGAUGGAGCACUCGUCGCUCAUGCUCGGCGGUCACACGGCGCCAGCUGAGAAACUCAGGUUCAUGGACAAGUACCUCGCGAGCGGUGGAAGGGACGCGACGGUCAAGAUUUGGGCGUUGCAGUGA